GUUUGAUCAUCAUCUAGCCUUCUGCCGGCAUCGGGGAUGGCAAGUGCCCCUUUAUGUUCAUGAGGCAGCCUGGACAGUUAUAUAAUGGGUAGAGAUCUAGUCUCGAAGCGUUGCCCAUACUACACAUUCUUACAUCGCACUAAUUUAACAUCUAAUUAGAAACCUAUUGCUGAUAAUACAAAGCGCUAAGCUAGAGAUCGACAACUCAUCCCCCAUGGCUACUUCAGUACUUCCCAUCAGCUUGCCUCCACUGGCACCACCAACCGUCGUCGGACCCAAAGUCAGAUGUCCCACUCGCCCAACACACUCUCUGCCACAGUAUCUCAUCGACGAAGCCCGCAUACCGGAGCGCGUGGCGUUCGACCCGAAGAAGCACCUCAACUAUGUCGAGCCGGACAAGAUCUACUCCAUGCGGGAGAUUGGCCUCGAGGGGCAGGGUAUCUCCAACACAGCUGCUUCGACGCCGUUUUCACUGUUCACACCCGAGGCCAUUGCGCAAAUGAGAGCCGAGAUAUUCAGCCAGCCUGUCCUGGAAAGCUGCCAGUACUCCUCCGACUUUGCCAAGAAUAUGAUCCGAGGGUUCGGUCCCAGACUAGCACCCUUCAUCUUCGCAGCUUGGCAUAGCCCAGAGGUCUUGGCUGCCGUCUCCAAGAUUGCAGGCAUCGAACUUGUACCUGCCAUCGAGUUUGACGUCGGCCACAUCAACAUUUCCGUGAACAAUGCCAACACCGAGCUGUCCCAGAUCAAAGACACGACCAAUUCGGACGAUUCAGCAUUUGCAUGGCAUAGAGACAGUUUUCCGUUUGUCUGCGUGACGAUGCUGUCCGACUGCACUGGCAUGGUUGGUGGCGAGACAGCCCUGAAAACUGGUUUCGGUGACAUUAUGAAGGUCAGGGGACCAGCAAAGGGGACUGCCGUCGUCAUGCAAGGUCGGUACAUUGAACACCAGGCUCUCAAGGCGAUGGGUGGCCGAGAGCGUAUCUCCAUGGUGACCUCCUUUCGACCAAAGAACCCCCUCAUCCGCGACGAGGUCGUCCUCACCGGGGUGCGUGGUAUCAGCACGCUCCCUGAGCUCUACGGCCAGUACACACAGUACCGGCUCGAGGUGCUUGAGGAGAGAAUUCGAGCCAUGGAGAAGAAGAUCAGGGACAGAGAGCGCUGUGGCCGCACAUUUGAUAUUAGCGAGGCCAGGAGUUUUGUCACCGAGCAGAAGCAGUUCUUGGAAGCAACGUUGUUGGAGUUGGUCGAGUGAGUGGGUGGAUGGUGUUGAUCAAGGAACAUUGGG